AAAUAUAUGUAAUUUAAUUUGUGUUAAUCAUAUUUUUUAUUUAUAUAGAAUUUAAACAUAAUUGCUGCAGUGUUAUUAGUUCGUAUUUAAUAUAAUUCAACUAUGGCUCUGGCCAUUAGAAAAAGUCCAACUAAUUUAUUCACCGCAGCCAAAUGGCUUGCUCGGAGAGACUGCCGUUUUCUGUCAAGCCUUCCAGAGAAAGCCGAAGCGGUUCAAGAUGAGAAGCCGAGGAGGGUGGGACGAAAGCCUGGAAACCGGAAUGCGGCUUUAGAGUUCCGUCAUACUUAUCCUGAAUUUUUGCCCGAUCCUAAUCCUAAAUGGCGUAACAGCUUACGGGAGAAGUUGGAGAGAGCUGAUAUGCUGAAAAGGAGAAAUCAGAUUGACAUCCCAGAGUUUUAUGUUGGCUCUAUAUUAGCAGUGACCAUAACAGAUCCUCAUGCUCAGGGCAAGAUCAAUCGCUUUGUGGGCAUCUGUAUUGAAAGGAAAGGCUGUGGUUUGAGGGCAGAGUUCAUUUUGAGAAAUGUCAUUGAUCAUCAAGGAAUAGAGGUUCGCUAUGAGCUAUAUGACCCCACCAUCCAAAAGAUCCAAGUGCUACGUAUUGAAAAGCGCCUCGAUGAUAAGCUGCUGUACUUGAGGGAUGCUCUACCAGAGUACAGCACAUUCCCAACUGACAUGGAUCCGGAGAUCUUGCCAGAGGGGACUCCUGUGCCUAUUAAUCCUGUUCAGGUAAAACUGAAACCAAGACCAUGGCUCGAAAGAUGGGAGAGGCAAGAUCUUAAAGGAGUGUCUAAUAUUGAAGAAUAUCUAAAGGAGAAAGACAGAGUGAGGCGAGAACUGAGGAAGACUCCAUGGGAGAAAUAUGAUUUGAUGAAACAGUACAGAAAAAUUAUUCCUGAAGAAGACCAAAGCGAAAUAUGGAGUGAAGUGUACAAUCAACUGCAUCAGCUGCAGAUAACGCGCAAGAAGACAUAUAGAAAACGCACGCUUAGUGCACCAAAACCGCAGCUUGGAUAACUGUUAUGUAUAAAACAUAGUUUUUAGAUAUAAAAUUAAUAAAGCUAUACAAAUAUUA